UCACAAAAGCAGAUAAGUAUAGAGCUCAAGAGUGUUGCAGCACUGUAAGAUCACAAGGGAGCAGAGCUGGCUCUUCUUUGUUGGGGAAAGGUUCAGAAAGGAGAUGAUGUUUAGACUGAGUUUUAAAUGCUCAGUAGGAGUUUGCCAGGCAGAGAAAAGACAUUUCAGGUCCUAGAACAAAGGAAAGAGCUAUUUGUCCACUGCGAAGGCUGAAGUAUUUCAUGCAAGGUGUCAGGAACCCUCAGAAGAAAUGCUGUGGUGCUUCCUUUUACCCAUGCAAAAUGGAACAUAAGAAACUACGUAGCUGAAGAAACUACAGUCUUUUAUAAAUGAGAGGCAUUGAAGUCUAAGUCAUUUCCAGCUGAGGGAAAAUCACCAACAGCUUCUCCACAGUGUAGAUCGAAACAGGGAAAACAUGAAUAUCACUAACUGUACCCCAGAAGCCAGUGUGGCUGCGAGACCCAAGACCAUCACUGAGAAGAUGCUCAUUUCCAUGACUCUGGUGGUCAUCACCACCCUGACUAUGUUGCUGAACUUGGCCGUGAUCACGGCUAUCUGUACCACCAAGAAGCUCCACCAGCCUGCCAACUACCUGAUCUGCUCCCUGGCUGUGACAGAUCUCCUGGUAGCGGUGCUCGUCAUGCCCCUGAGCAUCAUGUACAUUGUCAUGGACAGCUGGAAACUAGGGUACUUCAUCUGCGAGGUGUGGCUGAGUGUGGACAUGACCUGCUGCACCUGUUCCAUCCUCCACCUCUGUGUGAUUGCUCUCGACAGGUACUGGGCCAUCACCAAUGCUAUUGAAUACGCCAGGAAGAGGACGGCCAAGAGGGCCGGGCUGAUGAUCCUCACCGUUUGGACUAUCUCCAUCUUCAUCUCCAUGCCCCCUCUGUUCUGGAGGAGCCACCGCCAGCUCAGCCCACCUCCUAGCCAGUGCACCAUCCAGCAUGACCAUGUCAUCUACACCAUCUACUCCACACUCGGGGCAUUUUAUAUCCCCUUGACUUUGAUACUUAUUCUGUAUUACCGAAUCUACCACGCGGCCAAGAGCCUCUACCAGAAAAGAGGAUCGAGCCGGCACUUAAGCAACAGAAGCACGGAUAGCCAAAAUUCUUUUGCGAGUUGUAAACUGACACAGACUUUCUGUGUGUCUGAUUUGUCCACCUCAGACCCUACCACAGAGUUUGAAAAGAUCCACACCUCUAUCAGGAUCCCUUCCUUCGAUAAUGAUCUAGACCACCCCAGAGAACGUCAGCAGAUCUCUAGCACCAGGGAGCGUAAGGCAGCACGCAUCCUGGGGCUGAUUUUGGGGGCAUUCAUUUUGUCGUGGCUGCCAUUUUUCAUCAAAGAGUUGAUUGUAGGUCUGAGCAUCUACACAGUGUCCUCUGAAGUGGCUGAUUUUUUGACGUGGCUUGGUUACGUGAAUUCUCUGAUCAACCCUCUGCUCUACACUAGUUUCAAUGAAGACUUUAAGCUGGCUUUUAAAAAGCUAAUUAAGUGCCGAGAACACACUUAGAUGGCAAAGAGCCAA